AAAAUUAAAACGUUGGUAACCAGCUGAGCUAUCCGGACAAAACAAAAGGUCAUGUCAAAAUAGUCGUUUCACCGCAAAGCCGGGCGAUAGACGAUCAUGAGCACUGUGCGUGAAUAACUUAAAAUAGAUUUGCCGUAUUUUUAACGUGACGUGACGUGUUAUCAGGGCAAACGAACUUGGUAGUUUCGGGUUUAGACAUUACAGUUUUUUUGUUUGCCCAAAUUUCUUAUAGUGACAAAAAACACUGUAAUGUUUAAAACGUUGUUCGACUCUUUGAUAACUCAGGCCAGCUGUCAAGAGGGGGCUGGUUACCUAAAAAGGGCCGACACAGACCGCCUUCAUGAGAUAUUUCUGAAGUUUGCCACAGUAGAAAAAAAUGGAGAACGCUUCAUCACCAGUGAAGAUUUUGUCAGGAAGUUCCUUGGAUUGUUUAACGAAGAUGACUACAACAAGGACUCCGUCGAGCUCAUCGCGGGGAUCGUGGACAUGGACAAGAACGGGCUCAUCUCAUUCCCGGAGUUCCAGGCAUUCGAGGGUCUACUGUGUGUCCCCGAUGCGCUGUAUAAGACCGCCUUCCAACUCUUCGACACGAAUGGCAAUGGACUGGUGGCUUUUGAUGAGUUCGCGGAAGUCAUGCAAAAGACGGUCCUGAAUAAGAAGCUCCCUUUCAACUUGGAGAGCACUUUCGUCCGCCUCUACUUCGGCAAGGACAAGAAACGCCUCGUCACAUACCCCGAGUUCAGCCAGUUCCUCCAUGACUUCCACGAAGAGUAUGGCGUCGAGGCUUUCAAGAAGUGCGACAAGGAUGGAAGUGGGUUCAUCAGUGCGGGGGACUUUAAGGAUAUUAUGCUGUCCGUCAAGAGUCAUCUGCUGACGAAGGAGUUGAACAGUAAAGUUAUUAAUGCUACAGGCUUCCCUCAAGGUUCAAGAAAGAUCAGCUUUCCUUACUUCAUGGCGUUCAAUUCUCUGCUCAACAAUAUGGAACUUAUCAAGCGAGUGUAUCUGAACGCUACCAACGGGCAUCGCACACAAGAGGUGACCAAAGAAGAGUUUCUACACUCCGCUCAGAUGAUGAGUCAAAUCACUCCACUAGAAGUCGACAUAUUAUUCUUCUUAUGUGACACCAUCAACCAUACCAAUGGACGAAUCGUGUACAACGACCUAAACGCGAUAACACCCGAACAGUACUUCAAACAAGUCACCCGACGCGUCGCCGAAAUAAAAGCGGUUUCUAGCCCUGCAGACAGAAGUUUCUUCAUCCAAGUGUUGGAACAGACGUACCGUUUCACACUGGGUUCUAUUGCCGGUGCCGUGGGCGCCUCAGCAGUAUACCCCAUCGACUUAGUAAAAACUCGCAUGCAGAACCAACGUACCGGCUCCUUCAUCGGUGAAGUGGCUUACCGCAACUCUUUCGACUGCUUCAAGAAAGUUAUAAGGCACGAGGGCAUCUUCGGCCUUUAUAGAGGGCUGGUGCCUCAACUGAUUGGUGUGGCCCCUGAGAAAGCUAUCAAGUUGACGGUGAACGACUUGGUUCGUGAUAAGUUAAUGGACAAGAACGGAAACCUUACUCUUUACGCUGAAAUCUUUGCUGGUGCUUGUGCUGGUGGUUCCCAAGUAAUAUUCACAAAUCCCCUCGAAAUCGUGAAGAUCCGACUCCAAGUGGCCGGCGAGAUCGCGGGCGGGCAGAAAGUUCGCGCCUGGGCUGUUGUCAAAGAACUAGGGUUGUUUGGCCUGUAUAAAGGAGCCAGGGCUUGUCUGCUCAGAGAUAUGCCGUUCAGUGCGAUAUACUUCCCCGCUUAUGCUCAUGUUAAGGCGAAAUUCGCAGACGAGAACGGCUACAACCACCCCCUAACUCUCCUAGCGGCCGGAGCCAUCGCUGGCAUCCCCGCCGCUUCUCUUGUCACACCUGCUGACGUCAUCAAGACGAGGCUACAGGUCGUCGCCAGGACCGGACAGACUACUUACAGCGGGGUCAUGGACGCCGCGAGGAAGAUAUAUGCCGAGGAAGGGUUCAGGGCGUUCUGGAAGGGAUCUGUUGCCCGUGUGUUCCGCUCAUCGCCACAGUUCGGUGUGACGCUAGUGACGUACGAAAUUCUACAGCGUCUCUUCUACGUCGACUUCGGAGGAUCCCGACCAACGGGCUCUGAGCUAACCGUGGCCACUUCCAUCGAAGAGACCGUGAAGAAGCCACACCACAUCGGAGGCUACCAGGUCGCGAUACCAGUCCUCACCGGCCUUGAGACCAAGUUCGGUAUCUCAUUACCGAGGUUCUCCUUCCCUAAGAACGCUCCCGCACAGUAAGGUUAAUGGCUAAGUCUACGUUAGAGAGAGAAAUAUUGUGUAUACAGGGUGGUUUAAGCCGCUGGACAAAAGCUAAAAUAACGGAUUACAGAAAUGUUUGAUAUUUCCUCGAGUGCUUUUUCAUUUUGAGUUCCGCGCAAGCAAAACAUGCGCUUUAAAUAUUUUGUCCAGAAGUUAUGCCACUCUGUAAACAAACCUGAAAAAUACACAUUUUUAUAGAUCCAACAACUUGCAAAAGAAACCGUAUAGCUUAAACUUAAGGUUGGAAUUGCGCUAAAAUUUAUUAAAAUGUUCUGGUAACUAAUGUAAAGAGCGAAUGUGAGCAGUCAGUGAGUAUUUAUAAUAAUUACACUUCAGAGUAAUAGAGACAAGUCACUUAAUAUGUUUUUUUUUUCUUGUGACUGAGUUGUUGAAAUGCUUUGUGGUCAUUACCCAAUAUUUGCUAAGAUUUUUUUUUGUGAUAGCUUGUUUAUGUUUAUAAUAUUUUAUUCUAACUAUACCAACGGUUCUACUUCAUCAAAACCAGUGAAAUAUUCAAAUAAACUUUUAUGUAAAUAUUUUAGCAUUUGAAAAACUAAGUCUACUAAUAGAUUUAGCCUUGCAAUGAAACUGCCAAAACUACAUUUAUCUUCAUAUUUUAUCAUUCGCUCUUUUACACAAUAUGACGAAAUAUUUCCAUAAUUUUCACCAGGACAUCUAGAUAUGUAUGCGUACAGUACAAGUUCAUUCAAAGCUAGCACGAAUGCAACGAAUGAGUGAAUGAAAAUACCAUGCGUGACAGAGUAAGCAAUAAAAGUGAACAGGCAUCUUCUGGGCGAGCUCACUCCAUCGUAGGCCACGUCUUUGCCUUUGACUAGUCUGUGGCCAAGAGUAAGCCCAUUUACAAUUUAAAAAAAAGUCGCUGUUGACAAUUACGACUGUGCACUAGUGCAGUGACUAUGGUCGUGUUUUUGUCACUUGUCAUAUCAUGCGUCCUUUUCGCACUUACAUAGAACGCCCUUGUUAGAACGUAACAGACAUGGUGACAAAUGAUAGACAGCCGUCCAUCUUAGUCCUGCAGGUGUCACUCACACAGUAAAAGAUUCGUUAUUCCUGCCAGCUUUCGUGAAUCAACCUGUACCAUAUACCUUAAGGUCAUUAAGUUUCUUUUUUAUCAGUUUCGGGUGGACUGGGCCUUUAAGGCACAGAAAACUACACAUAAAUAGGUACAAAAUAUAAUCAGUGAAAUAAACAUGAACACAAGUCGAUCGCACCUAGCAUUUUUGAUCAAAGUCCUAUUUUAGAUUAUUUAUAGUUGUAAGUAUAUCGAAUCGAAGUGAAGAAUACUAUUAUUCUGUUUUUAUGUUGAUUAUUAAAUCAAGGUUGAAUAUAAUUCAAUGUGAGCUUUUGAUAUUGAGAUUGUACAGAGAUUCCGAAAAGCGUUACCUACAUUUAAUUUAGAAAUUUUAGCAUUUUCAAAGAAAAUGCGUAGGUACUGUACUCGCGAAUAGAUAUACCUUUACAUACAGAAUGACAUUUGAGAUGUGAUCGGAAACUACUUUUAGGUUUGCUAUUUCAAAGCAGGCAUGAUCCAUUAUGAUAAUGCAAAAUGUUUAGGUAAAUACCUAAGUUACAUUUAUUAUACACUACGAAUGAAAACUCUAUUUAGUAGAGUAAAGAAUCGUGUAUAUUUAUAUUUCCCACAUUAGAACCAAAAAACUUCGCUUCUGAAGAGUUUGUUAAAUUAUUUCUUUUCCUGAUCACAUUGUUAAUGCCAUCCUGUAUAAUCAAAUAUUAUUAAAUAAUUGAUUGAUAUGACAUUGACUGUCAUUUGUUACGUUAGUUAUCUUCCUAGUAAAUUCUGCUAGCUCCUACCAUUUUUGUUGCCAAUUUAACAAGUCCAUCCAUAAGAGAUUAGAUUCUAUACUUAUAUGUGUUUUGUUGACUUUCUACGUUUUUGUCACUUGUCACAUUUAUUUAGAGCCCAUUUAGACGGUACGAGAAUCAGCAUACGAGUUUUAUUACAUUGCGGUAUUUGAUGGCUGUGCAAAAUUGUAUCUAACCUCAACAGCCCGCAAUGUGACUAAAAUCGCAUGCGAGUUCGCACGAAGCCUAAAUCAGGCCUUAGUGACACUUAACAAGUGAUAUUUUAAAACAAUGUAACUUUUUAAAUCUUCUGCUUAAAAACUUUGAGUAAAAAAACCUAGAACUUAAGAUUUUGAAGCCAUUUGAAGUCUGUUAGUAACCAACUGCAAUUUAUCGUUGAUAUAACGAUAUUUUUUGGAUUGAAUUGAACACUUUCGCAACCAAGCACCCGCCUGGUAGGAUCAUGAACUUUGCUCCGAUGUCGGACUACCCGUUGGGCGGGUUGUCGCCAUACAAACGGACGCUUAUAGAUAGGUUUCUGAUGUAGUGAGCCAUUUUUCUGGUGGUGAAUGUGUUAAGAGACUUCAUGUGUCUGGUUUUAUUAUUUACCUGCAGUUUUAAAUAACUACACUAUAAAGUUAAAAAUUUGCAAGCUUUUCGCUUUUUAAUAAUAUCACAGAACUAAUCACGGUAUUUCAUAUCAAGGAAAAUUUAAUUACUUACACAAAAGCUAUGUAAAAUUAUAAAAAAGUUUGCAAUCUGCCAGCAAUAAGUUUUAGAUUUUAAAGCAAUAAUAAUUGUAUUAAACUCAGUCUGGCCAGAAAUA